AUGCGUCCCCUGCCGCGUCCCCGGCCAUCUCCUCCGGCCGAAGCCGGCAUCUGGCUUCCGUGUCCGGUCCCUGCGAGCGUCGGGACAUACGGGGCCAGAACGGCGGCAAAUUUAAACAGUUUUAGAAACUGUCAUUUUCUUAGAAAUGAUGUAUCAAACCAUUUCACAUACAUUUUGUCCCUACUGCUUUGUCCUGUGCCCUGCUUACAUUUUGACUGUUCUUUGUGCUUGGAAACUUAGAAAAGUCCAUGGCGUCCAAAAAGCGUCCCUUUUGGUCAAUAGCGGUUUUAGACCGGCUAGAGAACAGCGAUAGUAAAUCAGAACCACUUGCACAAUUGA